UUGGCCGCAGCUCAGUCGUGGCGAUCGCCAGGUGAACGAAGGUUGUGUCGCGCAGAGUUGGAUAUUUUUUUGGAAGCCAGAGGAUUGCAGGAGAUCUUGAACCUUGAACCAUGUCGGGCAAACUGAUCAUGAAGCGCAAGCGAGCCAGCCAGGAGGAGCAGCAGCAGCAGGCGCAGGAGCAUCAUGUCCAGCAGCCGCAGGAGCAGGAUGAAGCAGUUCCAGCUCCGGAGAAACGUCAUCGUCCUCUUACUCCACCGGCGGAAGAGCCAGCCGCCCCAGAAGCCCCCAAUCGAAUUCUUCUGGAAGCCCUGCAAAAGAUAAUGGAGCUGCAAGCAGAACUGGAUGCCUUUGAACACGAUCUAGAUGAACGAGAGCAUCCUUCCUAUGAGGCUGGAGAACCUGAAGAGGAGGAGGAUGCCGAUGAUGCCGAGGUGGCCGCCCAGUUUGCACCACCCACCCCGGCCCAAAGGACUCAGGCGGAGGCACUGGGCUUCGCCAUGUGCGCCAGGGAAACGCUGCUCUUCCUCCAGAGCGAGGGAAUACCCACGGAGUCGCCACUCUACCAGACUCUCCUCGGGAAAUUGGUCGGCCAAAGCGAUGGUCUGCUGCAGGCCUAACAGACAAACUGGAGGGCAGGAGCCCAUCUAGCCAUUCUAGUCACUUUGCUGCGAUCUCAUUGCAAGUAAAACGAGAGAGAGAGAUCCUAGGGUUGAGCCCCUUUUCAGGGGUGGAUAUUGUGCAACCCAGGAGUCUGCGUAAUCCUAAGCUGUUUACUCUAGUCAAUUAUUGUCAAGCAAUAUAAAAAUCAUAGGA